AUGGUUGCUAACAAUCCUUCUUUUCCUGAGAGUUUUUACACCUUGAGUUUCAUUAGUGGGUUAAAAGAGGAGAUCCGGACUAUGGUGCAAAUGUUUAAACCUGAUAAUACUACAGCAGAUUUUUACUUGGCUAUAUUGCAGCAAGCUUCUAUGCAUCACCAGCAUAAAUCAACUAAAUCCUUCUCUAAACCAUUUGCUCCUUCACCACUUUUUGUUUCCCACCCACCAUCUACUAUCAAACCUUUUUUCACUCCAUCCUCCAUAUUUACUAAGCACGCUGCAUCAUCAUCAUCCCCCAUUUUGACUCAUCCUACUACACCCACUAAAACAUCCCCAGACAACUCUCUCCCUCCUGUUAAACGACUCACCCAUGCACAGAUGCAGGUUAGGAAAGACAAAGGGAUUUGUUAUAACUGUGAUGAGUUUUACAGAGAAGGGCAUAUAUGUAAAACUCAACAAAUGUUUAUGUUUAUUGCUGAUGAGGACCUUGAAGGACAUGAAUCAUUAUCAACUGAAGAUGUCUCUGAAGACUCUUCUUCAACUCCUGAUUCUCCCAUCGACAUUUCUUUACAUGCCUUGACAGGAAAUGUUUCCCCUGACACAAUUAGAAUUGAUGGUCAUCUUAAUAAGCACUCUGUCAUUAUCCUUAUUGAUACAGGAAGAACCCAUAGUUUCAUUGAUGCUAAUUUAACUUCAAAGUUGGGUCUACAUGUUUCUCCAACUGGACAAAUGCUUGUCACAGUUGCUAAUGGAGAUAGCACUCUCAGUCAAGGUGUCUGCCACAACCUACAUUGGGAUAUGCAAGGCCAUCAAUUCUCUGCACAUUUACGAGUUCUUCCUCUUGGCGGUUGUGACAUUGUUUUAGGAGCUGAUUGGUUGCGCCAACUUGGUGAUGUUACAUUCAACUUCAGUCAAUUGAGCAUUUCAUUUCUACAUCAAGGCAGCCAUAUCACACUUCAGGGUAUCACUUCUAAACCUUCUAUAAGCAUGAUUAGUGGUUAUUCAUUGAAGAAGUUUAUUAAGAGUAAUACUUCAGCCCUAAUUGGCCAGUUUUUCUCUAUUUCUACAACUCAUGUACUCCCACCUCCACCUGCAGUUUCUACACUAUUAGGGACAUUUGUAGAUGUUUUUGCAGAGCCUACUGGCCUUCCACCCUCUAGAUCACUUGACCACAAGAUUCCACUCAAACAUGGGUCUAACCCCACUUCUCAAAGACCAUAUAAAUUCCCUUUUAUACAUAAGUCUGUCGUGGAGUCAUUGGUCUCUAAAAUGCUAUCUAGUGGAGUGAUCCAACCCAGCCAUAGACCAUUUGCUUCUCCUAUUCUCUUAGUCAAGAAUAAGGAUGGUACUUGGAAUUUUUGUGUCGAUUAUCGAAAGCUUAAUGAUAUUACGGUCAAGGAUAAAUUUCCUAUUCCUAUUAUUGAAGAAUUGUUGGAUGAGUUGAAUGGUUCUGUGGUAUUUUCCAAGAUUGAUCUUCGUUCUGGGUAUUACCAAAUCCGGUUUUAUGCACCUGACAUUCACAAGACUGUUUUUCGCACUCAUCAAGGCCAUUACGAGUUCAGAGUUAUGCCAUUUGGUCUUACUAACGCCCCUGCAACCUUUCAAGCAUUCAUGAAUGAGGUGUUUCAGCCAUAUCUCCGUAAGUUUGUCCUUGUGUUUUUCGACGACAUCUUAGUCUACAAUCCAUCCAUUACAACACACAUAGAACACCUUCAACUUACUUUAUCCUUGUUAAGGAAGCAUUCUUUAUUCGCAAAGAUGUCGAAAUGUGCCUUUGCUCAGCGACAACUAUAA